GCCAGCGUGGACGGGGGUAGGGUGGAAGGCGGGAGGGAGGGCGAGGUGGAGGACAAGGUUCUCAUGGCGCGUUUGCAGGAUUAUUUCCAAGUGAAUUCUCAUCCUUUCCCGCCCCUCCUCCCUGCUUCCUGCCUCGUUUCCUCCCUUUUCCACCAUUUUUCCGUGGCAAUUUUGGGCGAUAGACUUCCCUCCUUCCUCUAUAUCAUUGUUGGGCUGAGGGAGACGCUCGGAUGA